GCAGGCAUCUCUGUGAUCUCCGGGCUCAAGGCUGCACUCGGCAGCACUACACAGCGAAACUACACUGCAUCAUUACCGGAUAAGGCAAAAGGAUCACUGUGUAUCUAUGACUAUUUUCCUGCUCUUGUAGCAGUUUUUUUUUUUCCCCUUUCCUUUUCCUCUCGUGCACUUUAAUUGGAGAAGCUCGCCAAGAUGAUGUCCAUGAACAGCAAACAGCCGCACUUCGCCAUGCAUCCCUCUUUACCCGAGCACAAGUACACCAGUUUGCAUUCCAGCUCGGAAGCUAUAAGGAGAGCCUGUCUACAAACUCCACAGCUCCAGAACAACAUCUUCGCGAGUCUGGAUGAGACCCUGCUGGCUCGUGCUGAGGCUCUGGCGGCCGUGGACAUCGCCGUGUCUCAGGGCAAGACUCACCCGUUCAAACCGGACGCCACCUACCACACCAUGAGCACCGUGCCAUGCCCGUCUGGCUCCACCGUGCCGCUGGCUCACCACCACCACCACCAUCACCACCACCACCACCAGAACCUGGAAGGGCAUCAGGACAUCAUGGAGCACAUCAGCUCGCCGUCGCUCGCCCUGACGUCCGACGGAGGAGGUGGUGGUGGUGGAGGUGGAGGUGGUGGAGGAGGUGGAGGUGGAAAUGGACUCCUCUCCACCUCCUCUAACUACCCACACUCUCACAUGCACGGCUUGAGCCACCUCUCCCACCAGGCCAUGAGCAUGAACUCGCCUCUCACACACCACCACGGGCUCUUACCGGGUCAUCACGGAGGUGGUCAAGGCUGCCCAGGACUCACUAACAGCGGCCUGCCGUCCAUCUCCAUCAACGACUCGGACACGGACCCGAGGGAGCUGGAGGCGUUCGCGGAGCGCUUCAAGCAGCGGAGGAUCAAACUGGGGGUGACCCAGGCGGACGUGGGAGGCGCCUUGGCUAAUCUCAAAAUCCCCGGCGUGGGAUCACUGAGCCAAAGUACAAUUUGUCGAUUCGAGUCGUUGACUCUGUCGCACAACAACAUGAUCGCGCUGAAGCCCAUCCUGCAGGCCUGGCUGGAGGAGGCCGAGGGCGCCCAGAGGGAGAAACUGAACAAACCGGACAUUUUCAACGGAGGAGAAAAGAAACGCAAGAGGACGUCGAUAGCGGCUCCGGAGAAGAGGUCUUUGGAGGCGUACUUCGCAGUGCAGCCUCGACCGUCCUCUGAGAAAAUAGCAGCUAUAGCUGAGAAGUUGGACCUGAAAAAAAACGUGGUGCGAGUGUGGUUUUGUAACCAAAGACAGAAGCAGAAGAGGUUGAAAUUUUCUGCAGCUCACUGAUGAUGGGGGGGCAAGGAAAAGAAAAAGAAAAACAAUUAACAAAAAAAAAGUUGUGUGACUGAAUUUGGGGACCAAGGAGGACACUAUAAAGACACCAUUUUCAGUCUUUUGUCUCCAGAGAUUUUACACUCCAGCUAUACCCAUUUUAUGAGGCUUCAUAUAUCUUGUUUAUUUUCACGUUAUCGGUGAAUGUGAAGUAUGCAAAUGACAGAUUACACAAGUUUUCGCUCAGUUGUUACGAGGGGAAAAAGUUUUCGUCGACAUUGCCUUUUAAAACACACACACGUGGAAAAGAGUGAAAAGAGGUAAUUUGCUUGAUACUAUAGCGAGUUCUUUUCUCCUAAUAGGCCUAUUUAUUAUUUUGAAGUAUAGCCAUUUUACGAAUUACCUCAUUGAUUGUUGAACUGUGUUUUUUUUUUUUUUUGGUUUGAUUUUUUUUUGUCGUUGUUGUUGGUAUAGAAUAAUUCAUGAAUCUGUUCAUUUAUUCAUGUGUUUUUUAUUUAUUCUUUAUUUGGAGGCUGCUAUAUAAACUCAAAUUUAGUUGCAAACUUUUAUGGCUAUAACGAAAAAAAUAAUGUUUUAGGCCUGCAUGAAAUCUGAAUUCACGGGCAGUAAUUUCGCCUCUAUAGGCUGUCAGUCACAUCUAGAGAUAUAUUUAUUUUGAAUUUGCACAAAAAGACCCUUUAUAGGUUUAUAGAUCAGUUAUGUCGAGAUGGUUUUGUAUAUACAGACAUGUCACUUAUCAGAGGUGAGCUUUUUUGGAAAAUAAAUUAUAGGGUCUAUUGGCAUCACAAGGAGAAGUUUCAAACAGAAAAAAGAAAAACAAGUUUUCUUUUUCAGUUUGCAGUGCAAACAGUCUAUGCAUUGGAAAAAGAAUCACUACUACUGAUAUAGACCUUCUUCUUUUGUGGUGAUGGUGUAAGUCACUGUUAAAUGCCUGUUUUCACAUUAAGAUCACCACGUUGUUUGUCGUGUUAAUUGUUACGGAAACGUUGUGUAAGUAAUAUUUUUACUUUGUGCACAAAAGUAUGUUUACAAAUACUGCGGCGACAUGUGCAUCAUGGAGAAAAUGUCCCACUGUCUCCUUCUUCUCUCUCUCUCUCUCACAACUUCUCCUCUGUUGUCCUCUUUACUUUCAUUGGUACUCUUCUUCAUCCUGUAAGCCAAAUUCAACAGGGAGGUGUG